UUACCCGAAGCGCGUGCUAGUUCAGCAGCGUUUUCAUCUGCUCUAUUUUUGUGGUAAAUAUCCUUUAUUAGCACAAAAUGAGAAUAGAAACGUGCUAUUUCUGCUCCAGUAAAAUUUUUCCCGGCCAUGGAAUGGUUUUCGUGAGGAACGACUGUAAGGUAUUUCGGUUUUGCCGUUCCAAAUGCCGGAGAGCAUUCAACAAAAAGAAGAACCCAAGGAAGAUUCGCUGGACCAAGGCGUAUCGGAAAACACACGGCAAAGAACUUACCAUCGAUCCGGCAUUCGAGUUCGAAAAGCGUCGCAAUGUUCCGGUCAAAUACAACCGCGAACUGUGGGGCAAAACGCUGGAGGCCAUUAAAAAGAUCACCGAAAUUAAGGAACGCCGCGAACGACACUUCGUCAUGGAGCGGCUGCGAAAGGCUCGCGACCAUGAGAUCCAUAACGACAUUGUCGAUGUGCAGAAGAAUAUCGCACUGAUCCGGUCACCGGCAAUCGGUUUGAAGGAACGUCGCGCCCGGGAGGCAGCCCAACAGUCGGCAAUGGAAAUGGAUGUGGAGGAAGACGAAGAGGAACAGAUCGAGUACGUCGAUGCCCGGCAGUUGGAAAAGCAACUGGAAGAGUCGGCCGGACAGCUGGAGGAAGAUGCCGAAAUGAUGAAGGCCUAAACGGGAGGAGUUCUAGCUUAAGUAAGUUCGGUUGCAAUUAUGAGUUUACCUUUCUAUGAUUUUGUGCGAAAAAUGGAGCAAAACUGUGGGUUGUUACAAUCAA